UACAAAGCGCUUCACUACAGCCCAACAGUGGCCACCCGUUAUCUGAGAAUUGUGUACAUUUUCAGUUGGAUAUUUUUGUGGGAAAAUACUAUUCAACUUAGAAAAUAGUUCUUAGAAGAUAUUUCAUUUUGAUGUUUGAAUGGCAAUUUCACGCAGAAAAGAUGUACGUUCGCUAACAACUCUAUUUCAUUGCAAACGGUCUCCAGUCAGUACUGUAGCUAUAUUGCCAGCCAGCCGACUGCCUUGCACAGCUGUUUGCUUAUGGAGAAAAUUGCACAACGUUUUCGGAUGCGGGACUACUUGCUGAACUGAAGGUAUAAUUUGCCUGUUUGUACUAUUAACCUAGUAGUUAGCAAGCUAGCUAACUAGAUAAAACAAGUGCAACAAAUAAGUAAAAAUAACUAGUUAGUGUGUGGAUCGGAAAGAAACUGACGAAAGUGCAUCAGGACCGGAAGAAAUUCCCGAUGGCAAACGAGAUGAUAAUUUUGAACGUUUAUGAUAUGUACUGGAUCAACGAGUUCACCUCCAAUCUAGGAAUUGGAGUCUUUCACUCAGGGAUGGAGAUCUACGGCAGAGAGUUUGCCUAUGGAGGACACCAAUAUCCAUUUUCAGGAAUAUUUGAGAUAACUCCAGGGGAUGCCACAGAACUCGGGGAGACAUUCAAAUUCAAAGAGGCCAUUGUUCUGGGCAGCACAGACUUCACUGAGGAGGAUGUGGAGCGCAUCAUGGCGGACCUGGGGAAAGAGUACAAGGGGAACGCCUACCAUCUCAUGCACAAGAACUGUAACCACUUCACCUCAGCCCUGUCGGAGGCCCUGUGUGGCAGGAAGAUCCCUCUCUGGGUGAACCGGCUGGCCUACUUCAGUUCCUGUGUGCCCUUCCUGCAGAGCUGCCUGCCCAUGGAGUGGCUGACCCCGGCUGCCCUGCAGUCCAGCAUCAGCCAGGAUCAGCCAGAGGAUGCCUCUGCCUCCAUAAACUCCAUGCCUUCCCUCUCCCUCUCCUCUCCUUCCCCCUCCAGGCCCAGGGUUCCCCGACAUCAGCCCCACUGACAGGACCAGCCCUGUGUGCAACAUCACCUUCAAUGACAGGCUCUAGCAGGGCCCCUCCUACUGUACUGUACACCACUCUGCCAAUAGACAGGAACCUCACCCUACCUAUCUACUGCCCAUGCCUACUGUGCUCCUGAUGAGACUUGCCAUCCACCAGCUGCAUUGAAGCCCCUCCUAUACUGACUUGACUGGCAGACUGGCUACUGCCUCAGAGUACUGAUGUGUUUUUACACAAAGUAAAACAACAUUCAGAUCAUGUUUUGUGGCAUUUCUUAAUUUUCAAGGCCUUUAUUUUCUAUACUCAGGACUCUGAAAAAUACUUUGAAUAUUGUUCUUUUUUCACUAAUAGCUUCUUUUGCUUUUUCUAACACUUUAGUCAUCACCGAGUGCGUUUGUAAUCCUCUCUUUAAAUAGAGCUUUUGUUUACAACAUGUUUGUGGGUGAGUGUUUUACAACCACCUGGGCCAAACCCUCUCCACACUUUUCUUACGACACACACAGCUGAUGUCUACACCUGUGGCAGCCGUGCCUGAAGAUUUUUACUGUACCUGCUCGUUGAGCUCUGCACUGUUUCUCUAUAGUUGACCUGUUUCUGUCUUUGUCAAGCAGCGGACUCCUUAACCUAGAAUAACUAACACCGUUUUAGAGUCUUCUGUGUAACUGACAAGAUUUGUAUCCCGUUUUUAAAGUUAUUAAAGAAAAAUAUAUGUUAUA